ACGGAGUGUUUAAAAUCGAUUCGGAGCAUCAGUGCAAGACUCUAACCAGCAAACCAGCUCAUCAAAACCUAACCUAAACUUGAACCUAACAUUAAGUUGAGAUUUGUUAUGAGUUGAUUUUAUUAAUAACUUAGUUUACGCGACCAGUAUGAAAGUACCGCUAUCAAACUUGGUAGACUAUUUUAUGAAACAUGGGAGAUAAAGAGCAUCAUGUGCACUUUAGCGGCGGAAGUGGACUUGGAAAAGAUAAUAAUAUUAUGAUACAGCCACAGAGACAUGGCCACAUUGAUGCUCACUUAGGAUUCUUGCAAUUGCAUCAUAGAUAUCACAUAGAAUUCUCAGUGCCAUGGAACACAUGUAUUCAUCCAGGAAAAAAAUUGAUAGCUCCGGCAAUAAUUGCAGAAAAUCACAAUGCAAACUGUCACAUUAUCGAUCUCGCACAAGAAAAAGACGGUUUAAGAUUGAAGAUAGAGUUGCUGGCAUAUAAAGAAAAGAUAUUAAAGGAGGAAGUCGAAAUAAUGUGUUGUUCGUCGGGUACGCCAUUGAAAAUUGUAUUGAACUCACGUGUUUUGGCAAAGAAUAAGGGCACACCAUUGUUGAGAAAUGGCAUACGCAGCAUUGCUAUAGAAGGAAUGGACGAAGACGAAGUUUCUGAGUAAAUCUGCUUGCUUUCGAGCUCUCGAUGGUAGAUAUUUAAGCGUUGAGCUUUGCCGAGUUAAGUAUUAAAAGUUCAAACAAAUAAACAAUCAGGCAGAAUUAGCAUUCCAGAGUGGAUAACGCAAUAGUGAAAAUUGUACAGAAAGACCAAUGGAAUGUUGCGAAAGAUAAAACAAUCUGCCUACUUUUGCUAUUCUUAAGCAUACGUCACGCGCGAGAUGCCUGCAAAAGCUAUGAUACCACUUAUCGUCUGCUAAUUAUAUGUAUCCACAGGUUAUAAUAAGCAAAUUAUAUUUUAUUAUCGUUUUAUAUCGACUGUCAAUUUUCAACGAAAUUUGCGCUAAAUGAACACGUUUAACAAGGCACUAAAUCAUUUUGUAUUAAUGUAUUCGUCAAAAAAAUUAAGAUUAAUUAUUCGAAUAAAUCAAAACGAUAAAA